GACAGACAGGCAGCCAGAGAGACAGCGAGAGAGAUAGAAAGAGAGAGGGGUUUCUCAUACACAGACAUUGCAUUGCAUUGAUGUCUUGGAUGUAAUCUGAUUGAGUAGCCUAGUUAAGCUUUUGGGGAGACUAUAAGAAGGCAGAAGCCAUGAAGAAACAACUCCACCAAAUACCCUAAAUACACCAUCAAGGAAUAAUGUCGAUGUAUAACGGGACUGGAGAAACGGGCGGAAAGGACUACACCUAUGUACGGGUUUGUGCGUCGACCAUCGCGUUUAUAACAUUGGCAUUCUUCAACAUCGUCAUUAACUGGACUAUACUGCGCGAGGAUCGACUUCGGGGCCAUGCGCGCUUUGUGUUGGUUUUUCACCUGUUGGUGUCCGCUCUGGUGUACUUCGGAAUGUGUUCUGUUUUCUACCUCCAGAUCUACUUCGACGCCAAGCCGGUGGCAUCCAUAUGUGUGGCCAUGAUAACCGUCCUAAUCACCAGCGCGUCCAAUAUCCUUCUGACUCUCACUGCUAUGUCGCUGGACCGUUAUUUUGCUGUCUGCCAUCCUCUGUGGUACAGUUCUGUCUGGCAAUGGCCUUGGCUAGUUGGACUACUGACAUGGGGACUCGCACUGGUUAUCCCCCUCACUCUGCUCUCCAAGACAGAGAUGCUCGGCAGUGAUACAAAUGUGGAAUGUGGAAGGGAACAGCUGAAGAAAGGUGGCCUGGAAAAAAUAUUGUUGAUAUCUGUGUGCACGGCGCUCAUUCUGUACAGUUAUGUAAGGAUACUGUUUGAGGGGCGACGUUUGGGAGUGAUGAAUCGACGCAACAUGGUCGGAUGCAAGACCCUCGCCCUGCACGGUACUCAACUCGCCGUAUACAUCCUCCCCAACUUCAUGAACUUUGUGCUAACAGUUCUCCAGAAACAAGGACACAUUCAACCGGGGACCAAAGAACUGUCUGCGGUGGUUAGUUUCGCCUUCUUCAGCUUGGCGCAGUGCGUAGCACCAAUCGUCUACGGGUUGCGUAAAGAGGAACUCUUGGAGCAGGUGCAUCGCCGAUUCCCUUGUUGUUCCCGCCACCUGAAAACCGUCCUGGGCCCGGUUUCCCAAAAUCAUCUUAAGGCUAAUUUUAUAUUAGAGCCCAAAAGCCUAGGUUCUAACAAUGAAUUUAGCCUUAAGAUGCUUUUGAGAAACCGGGCCCUGGAGUGGACCUGGCGUGCCAUAACGCCUUGUCUGCAUUCCCAGUCAAGUGAAAGAAGACUGACGUUCCAGACACUCAUCUCACUGGAGCCCCCACAGACCCCAGUUUGAGGCGAUGCCGGGAGCGAAGAAGCCACCGUUCCAGACACUCAUCUCACUGGAGCCCCCACAGACCCCAGUUUGAGGCGACGCCGGGAGCUUAGAAGCCACCGUUCCAGACACUCAUCUCACUGGAGCCCCCACAGACCCCAGUUUGAGGCGACGCCGGGAGCGAAGAAGCCACCGUUCCAGACACUCAUCUCACUGGAGCCCCCACAGACCCCAGUUUGAGGCGACGCCGGGAGCUUAGAAGCCACCGUUCCAGACACUCAUCUCACUGGAGCCCCCACAGACCCCAGUUUGAGGGGACGCCGGGAGCUUAGAAGCCACCGUUCCAGACACUCAUCUCACUGGAGCCCCCACAGACCCCAGUUUGAGGGGACGCCGGGAGCUUAGAAGCCACCGUUCCAGACACUCAUCUCACUGGAGCCCCCACAGACCCCAGUUUGAGGGGAUGCCGGGAGCUUAGAAGCCACCGUUCCAGACACUCAUCUCACUGGAGCCCCCACAGACCCCAGUUUGAGGGGACGCCGGGAGCUUAGAAGCCACCGUUCCAGACACUCAUCUCACUGGAGCCCCCACAGACCCCAGUUUGAGGGGACGCCGGGAGCUUAGAAGCCACCGUUCCAGACACUCAUCUCACUGGAGCCCCCACAGACCCCAGUUUGAGGCGACGCCGGGAGCUUAGAAGCCACCGUUCCAGACACUCAUCUCACUGGAGCCCCCACAGACCCCAGUUUGAGGCGACGCCGGGAGCGAAGAAGCCACCGUUCCAGACACUCAUCUCACUGGAGCCCCCACAGACCCCAGUUUGAGGGGACGCCGGGAGCGAAGAAGCCACCGUUCCCGUAACUUCACUACUCACGAGUACUUCUCCUGUGCUCCAUAGACUGGGCUGAAGACGUUUUGUACCAGACUGAUAGUGCCUUUCAGAUGUCAUUGAGACAACAGUGGAUGGGGGGACAUAGCAACCAGACGAAAGGUGUCGCUCUCACUAUGAACAUUUGAGACGAGUCUCCAUUUUUUUUUGCCAAUGAAGAUUCAUACAGUACUUGGUUAUCCAGCAUCUGUACAAAGCUGUGAAAGUGCUUCUGUUCUACCCAGGAUGUCGUGACUUUAUAGGCUUGGGGCAUCACUAUGGACAGACCAGCCUCAGACGACCUGUAAUGCCUUAACUGUACUGUGUCAGAGAGGAGUCAAGCAGGAAUUUGACUUGUAUUACAGUACAAGACCACCUGACCAUCAGAAUUGACUGGAUGUGCAUUGUGCAAUAUAGCCUACUUUGAAAGAGUUGAUUCAUUAAUGAAAAUUGAAGCAGCAAUGUCUGAUUUUGUUCUGUGAGAUAAAGUCAAGACAUCUUUUAUUUGAGAUGAAAAGAUCCCGAUUCAUUCAAACAAGAGCCAGAUUGAACAUUGUUGCCCAUCUUCAUCGUCAUGUGAACCUCAGUGGCAGAUUCUCUGUCAUAAAAGAGCUGAAACUGUGAACAGCACGUGAUAUGGAGCAGUAUUUGUAUUUAUUGUGGAUCCCCAUUAGCUGCUGCCAGAGCAGCAGCAGCUACUCUUCCCGAGGUCUAAAAAAGGCUGUUUAUACAAUUUUUAAAACAUUACAAUACAUUCACAGAUUUCACAACACACUGUGUGCCCUCAGGCCCAUACUCCAUCACUACCACAUAUCUACAGUACUAAAUCCAUGUGUAUGUAUAGUGCGUAUGUUAUCGUGUGUGUGUGUAUGCAUGUGUCUGUGCCAAUGUUUGUGUUGCUUCACAAUCCCCGCUGUUCCAUAAGGUGUUUUUUUAUCUGUUUUUUAAAAUCAUAUUUUACUGCUUGUGUCAGUUACUUGAUGUGGAAUAGAGUUCCAUGUAGUCAUGGCUCUAUGUAGUACUAUGUGCCUCCCAUAGUCUGUUCUGGACUUUGGGACUGUGAAGAGACCUUUUGUGGCAUGUCUUGUGGGGUAUGCAUGGGUGUCCGAGCUGUGUGCUUGUAGUUUAAACAGACAGCUCGGUGUAUUCAACAUGUCAAUACAUCUCAUAAAUAAAAGUAGUGAUGAAGUCAAUCUCUCCUCCACUUUCAACCAGAAGAGCUUGACAUGCAAAUUAUUAAUAUUAGCUCUCUGUAUACAUCCAAGGGCCAGACGUGCUGCCCUGUUCUGAGCCAAUUGCAAUUUGUCCUUUUUUUGUGGCACCUGACCACACGACUGAACAGUAGUCGAGGUGUGACAAAACUAGGGUACAAUCCCUGCCUUGUUUAUGUUGUUAAGAAGGUAGAGCAUCGCUUUGUUAUAGACAGAUUUCUCCCUGUCUUAGCUACUACUGCAUCAAUAUGUUUUCACCAUGACAGUUUACAAUCUAGGGUUACUGCAAGCAGUUUAGUCAUCUCAACUUGCUCAAUUUCCACAUGAUUUAUUACAAGAGUAGCAGCUCUGUGGUCGAACUCGCUUCACUUCAGUUUGUGUCAUACAAUCCAUUCUGGUUUGCAGUGCACAUCCACUAAUAAGGAAGGGGCUAACGUUUGUUAUCUACACACAAUCAGUGUUCAUACAUCGCUUCAACUCAUUCCUGUAAAUGCCUGGUUAGGUUCAGUAAAGGAGGAUGUUGAAGUAAAACCAAAAUUAAUGUUGAGUUUAGUAGACUAGAGGGGUUGCAUUUCACAAACCCAGAUUACACCUGGUUUUAAUCCUGGACUAUAAAGUGCUUUCAAUGAAGACUUGUUUCAACAUGCUUUUUUGUUUAGGUUAAGGAUUAAUAUGGGUUUGUGUACCUGGCCUGCCACUCAAAUGAACAUAAUUAGACCUUUAAGAAUGAUGGGGGGUACUACUAGGCUAUAUGGGAUUGUAUUAAGAAGGUCAAACCAAGGAUCAUUUUUAUAUUGGAUUUAGAAUUUUAAAACACUGAAGUAUCAAAAAAAUCUAAACAUCAUUUUCUGAUUAAAAAUUAUUUUGUUGCCUUACCGCUAUUAGCCCAUGCAAACGCAUUCAAAAACAGAUUCACAACAUGGAACAACAGAUUUAUUUUUGGGACUAAAGGAAGUUUGUUCUUGAAGUGUCUUUCCUAUAUCUGAGAGAAUAUUUUUUUCCCAAGUAUUUAAAACCCCUUGUGUUUUCCACUCAACAGUCUCUAUAUACUUCUGAAUUUUUUCCCGACGUACCGGGGGACUUUCACACAAGUCUUUGGGUAUCCUAGAGCAAAACAACCAUCUACGUGUUAGUGAGUCUCACCUUUACACACUCAUAAUAGUGUGUAGCCCAAACUGUUACAGAAAGAAGUUGUCAGAUCAGCCGAUUUUCAGAUGUCUCAUGGUCUGACAAACACAGCUCUAGCUCUGUCGCCUUCCACCACAGAAACGGAAGUGUUACAUAGGUGGAUGUGGUGGAUUGAGACGCAUCAAAUGCCCCCCCCCAAAAAAAACAUAAUCUCUCUAUCUUAGAUUAUGGGGAUUUUUUAUUAUGGUAAUUCGACAUGCUGGGGUGUGGACAUCGACCUUAAUAAGGUGAGUUCAAGUGACAGAAUGGAUGUUUUUCAGUUGGACAUUUUCUUUAUUUCCUCAACACAUUGUCCCCUAAACCCUAUGGUGCAGUGCACUGGCCAAGCUUGGAGACAAUAAGCCAGUGGGACAAUGUCUGCAACAUGCUGGUGUAGACAGACAGAUAAGACAUUUCCUUCAAAAGUUCUUGAACAUUAGAGGCAUUUGCAGUCCUGUGAGAACAGGCACUGGCCAAAUAUGUGCGUGGGGUGGGUGUGGUUUAAAGAAUACUCACUAUUACCUGACAAUUCUCCAAUGAGAGUCAGUUAAAACUAUUCUCUUCACUUAAUAAUGCAUGCACAUGAUAGCAUAACUAAAUAUUGCUUAUGGCUAGCAAUCUUUAAAAACAACAUUGAAAGGAUCACUGUAGGGCUAGCAGACAUUCAGAACAGGGCAAAUAAGGACCAUGUGUUCACAAUCCUGCUAAGGCAGCAGAAACUAUGUUGACCCUAUUACAUGACCUAUUACAAUUAAUGGACCUGCUAUUACUUUUAGCUGAGAAAACAUCUGCACUUUGGUCCUUGUUAGUCACAGUAGUUGUAAAAGAAUGGUAUUAAGACCACCUUUUUCUUCAUCAAGUCACAAAGUGCUACUGAAC